ACUUUCAUUCAUUUGGAUCAUCCAACCUUAACCAUAACCAGUUUAUGUCUAACCCUAAACGUAAUGUAACAACAAUACAUAUCUUAAUCGUCAUCAAUUAAACCCUCAGAAAUUAGAUUCUACUUCAUAAGGACAAUGAAGCACAACUAGUCCUAACAAAAACUCAGUGUUAUUCACACCCACCUAUGUUAACACCAGAAAAUGUCCUAAAGAGACAAUGAAGACAUUGUUCCUCUUGGAUUCUGGUUGAUUCAAAUUUAAUAUUAAAAACAAAUUCCCUCUCCAUUCAUAGUUUCCUUGUUCAUAUUUUCUUCUUGCAGAUGAGUAGUAGAGCAAUCUGACCUCAAAUUGCUGCCAGUAUCUCCAGUGUGUUCAAAUUCAAUACUGUAAGAAUGUGAAUGAUGGAUAAUGCAAUUAACCUGCCAAAUCACAGUAUUAUUAUUAUGGAUUAACCACAAUAAAGAAAAAAGCCUCUGUAGCUCUGUCGUAAAUGACACUUUACUGCUGCAGCAGAGUCUUCCUUUCUACCAUUCAGUCGCAGCAGUAGAUUUUUGCAAAGUUUGCAAAUUAUAGACAUAAUUAUUUUCAUCUUUCCUCAAAAGGCUUCAUUGCAAGUGCAACAUAACUUAAACCUGAGCAUUUUGCAAGACAGCAUUAGUGCAGAUGGGAGACAUUCAAAUUCAGACAACUUUAUUAAUUUCAAUAAGGACAAUUUAGUUGCAGCUUACACACACUUACACACAUUUGCACACUAAGGCAUUUAACACCACUAAGCCAUGAGCUCUAAAGUGUCUUUUAUCUAGAAUUAUUGUUAUCCUCCCAUGCCCUGUGAUGCUGACAGUUCUCUAUGUGUUCAUGAGACCCUUUUUGGACUGGAUGAAGACCGAAACACCUACUGUAGAAGACCGAAAGUAAGUACAGUAAGUUGUGAAGUUCUUUAAGUGACCCGACUCCCACAGACUUUGAGUGGAGAUAAAGUGUGAAGACGUUUUGUGGCAGUGUCAAAUUGUUUACAGACAUUUCUCCUCUCUUAACUUUUUUCAUGCCACUUCUUGUUUUGAUCGGUGGGAGAUAAAAGUUAAGUAAUGGUAAAGAAGUGCUUUGAAAAUAUCUUUACUUAGCCACAUUGAAAUUGGCUGUUAAAAAAAAAAAAAGAAAGAACCUGCUUUCUGUUCUAAUGCUGUGGCUGAUGCGUGGUGUCUUUGUUUAUACCUUAAGUGGCCUGUAUGUUUGUGCAAGAGCCAACAAAUACUAGCACGCAUUCACUGUCCAACUGUAGUCCUACGCCUCAGGCGUUUAUACACACAGACAAGACUCAAAUAGGCCUCUGUGUACGGCAUAAGUGAAAUGUUUGGCAAGCUCAAAGACCGUAGGGUUAACUGGUGUCGCUUGAGUCAGCUGAUUAGUGAGCAGCCAAAGCAGUUACCCUUAAUACUAAUUAUCUUGUGUGUGUGUGUUUUUUUUCUCCCUGAGGAGACUAACACUUCCUAUCUCCUGCCACAGGUGGACUCAAGUUCACAGGCACUGCAAAUACUGUAGAGUCACUAAACAAAAUUACAGAUUAAAUAAACACACAUGCACUUAAUCCAAGCGAUUUUCAAGAAAAUUAGUAAUCUUCAAAUGUGACGUGCAUCAGUUUACUCUCUGUGUCCACUGACUAUCACAACUAAUAAAAAAACAAAGGGCUGUUAUUACACGUGACAUUGCCGAUGUGGUGGCACAGUAUAGUAGAAGUAAUUGCCUUAGACCUGUGGGCUAUUUUUGGAUGUACAGUAAUCAGCAAGAAAGGUCUGAGCCACACCAUCAUGGCCGAACAGAUGGGAAUUCAUUAGAUCAGCCUUAGGAGCUUUGUGCGUUGCCUGGACACAAUUAGCGAUGCUAGUCUCAAAAACUUUAACCAGCUUACAACCAUAGGGACCACAGACCUGCUGCCCAGUUAGAUCGUCAAACCGAGGUCCACUUCACAAUAUGUGAUGUUCUUGCUGUGAUUUUAUUCUGUUUUUGAGACGUUAGGCUCUCCUUUGUCUUAUUGAUGCACAUGUUGAUCUUAAUAUUUGAGAAGUGGCAUGUUUAAAAUAGCUAUUAAAUGUUUGUUUUUUUACUAUUUCAGGUGAAUUUGGAAAAGGGUAACAUCAAUAAAUGGGAAUGAUGCUUUCAUGUGAUACAGUGAUAUCUAACAAUGCUGCUUAAUGAUCAGGAAGUGUGUGUUAGUUACAGAAGAGUACCAGCAUGGCACUGAUGACACAUCACUGAGGACGAUAGUAAGACUGGUAUCACCUUUACUUUUUUUUAUUGUCAUGAAGGGAUUGGAGAGAAUGGGUAAAAAAAGAGGAGUGAAUGAAACUGAGAACACAUGAAAACAGACUGAUGGUAAAAGUGUCAGUCGUCCUUUUAAAAAAGGUUUGGUCGCCUCGGCUCGGCCUACGUGUGAGAGAACCGCUUUUAAUUCCACGUUGUCUUGUGACUAGUGACCUCAGCUUUUCAAGACAGUAAGAGUGGCUGCUGCUGCUGCUGCUGACUUGCUAAUCCUCUUUGCACUCCUCACUCCUGUCCUGCCGCUCUGCUUCAGAGCAUUUGUUGACUUCAUAUCAAAACAGUGCAGUGCGUGACCUACAACCCUGCCAGAGCUUCUGCACACACAUCCUGGCUACACCUUCUUCUCCCGCUCCUCAUCAGUUUUGGAUUCUGCACAACAGUGGAGGCUACGUCAAGUUUCAUUUCCCUGUAUAUAUGGAUUGUGCCUUACAAAAUUUUGAGAUCGCAAUUCCGGUGCAAUGGAAUCUGAAGAAGAGGAUUAUGAUGACCUGGCUGAGUAUAUAUUGGACUUGAGCAUUGGAUAUACAAUAUGUAAAAGAGUUCAGGUCAGUUUUGUAGCUUCAACCUCUUUAACUAACACAGAAUGGAUAUAAAUGAUGUACUAAAAAGUCUUUGCAUGGUGAAACUAGCAGCAACUGGAUGACUAGUGAUUAUUUUGGAUUUGUUUUUUGAAAAAUGGAUAUGAUAAAACAUUUAAUAUCAAAAUAGCUAUAUUUUAAAUCAAGUUUUCAUCCUGUGAAUGUGAAUUUCUUUGCCACAGAGAAAAGUUAAUAGAAAAGCUCUUUUUUGUCAUAUCCACUCUGUGCAACGUGGAAAGACAACUAGCGACAGUGGACUGUGAGAGGGUGAGACAGCAGCAUGUAGAGACAGAAGGACCAGGAAGAGUUAAACUCUGAGCAUUAAACAGCUCAGGUCUAAAUCUGGCUAGCAGAUAAUUUGUUGGAAAGCUGCCUUUCUUUUGGCACUGACUGUGUCAACACGUGGAGUCUGACAGGUGACUCUUUUUUUUAAACAUGCUGAAUUAUUCAGCCGUGUCAGAGUUGACAGCAGAAAAGAUUUUUAACAUCCAUUUAUUUGUUUGUAAUGGAAUGUGUUGCCACAUUUAUAUGCACAUAUAUCUUGCUGGUGAAAAGUAUAGAACAUUUUGGAACAUACAAAAAGAAAUUUACACUGACAAAAAAAAGGAAAAAAAAUCUUUAAAUUUAGCCUAAAGGCAAACUUAAUAAAUAAAAAAUCAUUAUCAAUUUAGAAAUGUUAUGCCACUGUAUAAUUUAUAAUGCUGUAUUAAACAGAUUUAACAGAUAAUGUUAGUGAUUUGUUAAUCUUCACUGAAGAUUUGUUAAUCUUCAGUGCUUAUUUACAACACUAAUUUUAAACAUAACCUAGGGACUUAAUAGCAAUAACAAACAAUUAUGUUAUUAUUGAUUAAUCCACCAUUAUUUUCACAAUAAUCUGAUUCAUAUUUUUGGUCAAUAAAAAAACAUCACAACUGCCUAGAGUUGUAAAACCUUGGUGGUAGAUUAUUUUUAAAUUGUUUUGUUGAGAAACAUACUGAAAGUCAAUUCACUUAUCAUUUCAGCUCUAGUUUGUAUCAUGUAAUCAAGAAAUCAGCCGUGAUGAGAGUUUAUGGAAUCUAAACAUCAUUGAAAGUUCUCAUUAACUACCACCUCCUUCUUUCUUCUCUUCCACAUCCUGUAACAUUGCUCCCACUCCAGACGACUGCCUCCUUCUGAUCCAACACCCAACAGCCUUGGUCAACUACAAUCAUCACCAUGGUAACCUUUACAGAGACCACUCCGGUUGCCCCUAUGGGGCUUUGUGAGCCACCCUGCUUUACUGCAGCACUGUCACCCGGGCUACGGCGGAAAAAGAUGCUGUGGCAGAAUGCUGUGAAACACAUAAUGAUCCAGCAGGAGCUGAGCGCCCAGGUUGGUGUGGAGCCAGCACGCAAAAUCUUUGUGACAGAUACUUACAUCGAUGAGAUCAACAGACAAAUCCUCAAUAAGGGCUCACGUGGGCUCACGAAACGUCGCUCCUCCACCUUCAGAGUCCACCCUCGUGGGUCCACCUGCUCACACAGCCGCACUGGGGGAUCCUUCAGUGACUAUUCCAGCGAUGCGGACUUCUUUAUGCACUGGGGCCACACUGUUCUUGGUGUGUACAUACCCUCCCUGAGGCAUACCUUUAAAUCCCGCGACCUGGAGAAACUGUACCAGCAACAUUCCUCCCACCAAAGACGCAACUCUCUAGCUAUCACAAAUGUAAUCGAUGCUAUGGCCAAGCUGCACGUGUUGGUUCUGUACCUGGCGUUGGCCCCUGAGCCUUCCAAAGACACUCUGCGUGGCUGCCUGACAGGCAUUUUCAUGAUGUUUUCUAUAGCACUGUGCAUCAUGGUGUUGACCUGCAAAGACUCUUUGUCCCUGCGGUGGCUCCACUAUGCUGGUGUGGCUAGCUGGCUGUCACAGACCACACAGGUGCUGGGAGGACUGGUGUACGGACUAGAAAAAGACCCGUCGUGGUACGUUUUGUUCACAUUGUUCGCCACAUACACCCUGCUGCCCUUACCUCUGCUGUGGGCCAUGUGUGCUGGCACCCUCACCUCAGUGUUGCACCUUCUGGUGGAGAUUGUGCACAACUACAAUGAUGCAGUGCAAAUGAGGAAGGUGUUUGCCAAAGGCCUGCUGUACCUGGGUAUGAACACAGCUGGCUUGUUUAUCCAUUACCUGACAGACCAUGCACAAAGGCAGGUUUUCCUGGAGACACGGCGCUGCAUUGAGGGUCGCCUGAGACUGGAGCAGGAGAACCACAGACAGGAGCGCCUGGUGCUGUCAAUCCUGCCUCGCUUUGUUGCCUUGGAGAUGAUUGCCGACAUGAGCUCCUUGGAAGAUGAACUGAAUCCUCAGGAGUUUCACAAGAUCUAUAUCCACCAGUACAAAGACGUCAGCAUCCUAUUUGCAGAUAUCAAGGGCUUCACUCUGUUGUCCAUGAACCUGUCGGCACAGGAUCUGGUUCGAACUCUCAACGAGCUCUUUGGACGAUUUGACCGCCUGGCAGAGGAGCAUCACUGCCUGCGAAUAAAGAUAUUGGGAGAUUGUUACUACUGUGUGUCUGGGGUCCCUGAGCCACAGCAGGCCCAUGCCCGUCACUGCGUGGAGAUGGGCCUGGCUAUGAUCACCACUAUACGGUAUGUGCGGAAGCAGUUAAACUUUGACAUGGACAUGAGGAUCGGCAUCCACACAGGCUCUGUCCUGUGUGGCGUGCUGGGACUUCAGAAAUGGCAGUUCGACGUCUGGUCCUGGGAUGUAGGCAUCGCCAACAUGCUGGAGGCCGGAGGAAUACCAGGACGCAUCCACAUCUCAAGGGCAACUCUGGACUGCUUAGAGGGCACCUACAAGACAGAGGACGGUCACGGUCGCGACAGGAACGAGUUUCUCAAGAAACACAACAUCGACACGUUCUUAAUCUGCCCUCAGGAGGAAAAGGUCAAAGUUGACCACGCUGAGCCCCCCAGAAUCCAGAAGACAAACCAGACGUGGAGCCUAGAGACGCCUUUCAGGAACGUCAUAGACAUGAACAGCAUCUUGGCCUCUUUUACAAACGGCUCACUGCCCAACAUAUGGCAGUCGUCCUCCAAGGAGAUCAAUAAACGCAUCAAACAUGCCAUAUUGGUUCGAAGCAGUGAGCGUAUGCACAAGGAGCACAUUACUCUACUGACCUUGGUGUUCAAGGACACAAACAUUGAGGACAAGUUUUCCCAAAUGAGAGAUGAAAUGUUCAACUCCAACUUGGUCUGCUCAUUCAUCAUGCUCCUCUUCCUCAUGGCUGCCCAGGCCCUCAUCCCUGCUCCCAGGCUGUUCCCAGCUGUCCUCCAGUUUUUGGUCUUUCUGCUCAUCUACAUGCUGCUGCUACUGCUGGCUCUGGCUGAAGAGUUCAAGUGGACUCCUUCUGCCCUGCAACAGUUCUGCUGCUGGAUCCAUGAAAACAACAGCGCCCGCAACCUUCUCACACUCACUGCCAUCGUCAUCAACUUUGGUUUGGCCUCUACUGACAUGGUAUGGUGUGUUGUCAUUAACACAGAAGAGGCUGACGUGAUGGACAGAACCAGCACAGCCUUGCGUCCUCUCAGUGUCUGUACUUAUCCUGAGGUGUUUGUGUUGAGUGGUGUGAUCGCCAUGGUGACUUGCGCCGUGUUCUUGCGUCUAAACUCUCUGCUGAAGCUGGCGGUCUUGCUGCUGGCCGUGGCUUUUUACUCCUACCUCAUCCACCUGGCCUUCCUCGCACUGGCACGCCAUGACGUGCAGCACAAGUCUCAUUAUGUCAGGAGAAAUGGAAUCGCCAUCCUUCUCAUGAUAAUGUUCAUUGUUGCUGUCUUCUACAAUGGACGGCAGUGGGAGGCCACGGCCAGACUGGACUUCCUGUGGCGUCUGCAGGCCCAACAGGAAGUGGAGGACAUGAGAGAGUUGCGUGAGCACAACGAGUGUCUGCUGUACAACAUCCUGCCUGUGCACGUUGCUCGACAUUUCCUGGACCGGAGCAAGAACGAUGAGGAGCUGUACUCCCAGUCCUAUGAUGAAGUGGGUGUUAUGUUUGCCUCCAUUGCUGGGUUCAAUGAGUACUUUGAAGAGAAGGAGAUCAAACAUGAAGGAGUAGACUGCCUCCGACUGCUGAAUGAGAUCAUUGCCGGCUUUGAUGAGUUGCUGGAGGAGUCAUACUUCCACUAUGUGGAGAAGAUCAAGACCAUCGGAAGCUGCUACAUGGCAGCCUCUGGCUUAGCUCCAGACAGACAGGUUUCCAUGGAUGAAUGGAAUCACCUGAGCGAGCUGGUUUUGUUUGCGUUGGCAAUGCAGGAGACCUUGAAAGAGAUUAACAGGAACACAGCCAAAAACUUUCAGCUGCGUGUGGGCAUCGCCCACGGGCCGGUUGUGGCGGGUGUGAUUGGUGCCACCAAGCCGCAGUAUGACAUCUGGGGGUCGACAGUGAACCUGGCCAGCCGCAUGGACAGCACAGGUGUCAGCGGACGUAUCCAGGUACCUGAGGCCACGCGGAGGAUCUUGGCAGAGUGGGGUUUUGUCCUGGAGCUACGUGGAGAAAUAUUUGUCAAGGGGGUGAGUGAGCGCCAGGGCAAAGUCCGCACCUAUUUCAUCAGCACCAUGCGCAGCAAGACGGCCAAUGCUGCAGCAUAUGGCCGCACAGCAGAGAGGACAGGAGGGCGGAUGACACUGGCAGGAGUGGUGUUUGGUCUCGUCCAGGCCAGACACAAGGAGAGGAUAAGAGAAACCAACGGAGGAUUCAGUCUGACUCCCUGCUCCAUGCAGUGCUGAAAGGAUGACAGCAGAUUGUGGAGGACACAGUACAUCCAUAUUGUUUCCACUGGUUUACACCUUUGUUGUUUUUAUUUCAUACUUUGCCAUAAGAUAAUCAGCAGCACACUGGUCGCAGGAACCAGUUUCCCUCCAUGACUGUGUCCUCUUCAUCUUUUCUGUCAUCUACAAAAGGAAUCUACAGAGGAACUCUGUAAUGGUUACAUUUCUGAAGCACUGAUUUCAGUUUUAUCUUUAUUUGAAGUUUGCACAACUCUAGCAAAGGCCAACAUCUUUUUUUGUAUCCAAUUAUCCUCACACCUCUAAGCCAAAACACACUACCUCAAAACAACCACCACAACCUUUUAUAGACAACCAGUGGCCUAUACAAUACUGACUUAUGUUUUUACCAUACAAUUAUCCGUUAUUUUUACAUUUCCUGUUGUGAUUUGAUACAUAACUUCAAGUACUAGUGUCCAUUCAUCAGCUGUACCAUACUAUUAACCUAACCUGCAUGUAUGUAAACACUGAGGCAGAAUCUACACUAUCUAUCUAGACUGUGGAACUGGGAAAAGAGAUUGAGCUGAAUUUAAUGCUAAAGCACCAGCCAUACAUGUUCCUCAUGUCAUGAUAAUAUUACAUGAGGAACAUAAAAUAUAUAUAAAAUAUAUAAAAUAAUAUUUUUUAUUUUAUAACCAUGUGAAUCUGAAAUGAGUCACAUGACGAUUUAAGGUAAAUAUGAACCAUGUCUUUCAAAACAAUUAACAAAGUUAAGCAAAUUAAAGUCCAUCACAAUCAAGGGCUUUUUGUUUGGAAUUUUUGAAUUUAUAUUAAGGAUUUGGUUUCUGUAGGAUUGGAAUUCUGGAAAAAAAACAGCAAUGUUUUGUUAUUAUUUUUUCCAAAGUA